GCCAUUAGCUGGUAGCUAUAUUGUUUGCAGCCAAUAUGCCAUUCCAAGAUCGCAAAUAUCAACAAGUCAAGCAAAUCAAACCUAUAGAAUUCCAAGUAAUGCCAUUAAUGUUUUCAAUGGAGCAUAUGUUGGCAUGGGUAUUCAAGACUCAAAAGCAGCUGUCGCAACAACAAAUAAUGGAUUUGCUUUACAUGUGAAUGGUGCCGAUCAGACAACAAAUGUUGCUUCACGUGAUCCAUUGUAUUUUCAACUAGAUCGUAACAGAAUUGGUGUCAAACUUACUUAUACAAUAGUUACUUAA